AUGGCCAGUAGCAGUAAUAAUAAUUGUAUUCUCACCACAUCGGAUGAUGGUGACUCUAUCUAUUUUGUCUCAUCACGGGAUAAGCAACAUACACUCAAGCAAUUACAAACGAGUACGGAACAUUUUCAAAAGAAGGAAUACAAAGUAGCCAUUGAAAUAUUGGAGAAGUGUGUUCAGAUACCCUCGGAUACAUUGAUCACUGUUUCAGGGUGUGAUUUCAAUGAUGGAGAAUGUAUCAAGGGAAUAGCUGAACAAGCUGAUAAACAAAUUGUUGAAUUAAUUGGAAAGAUGUUUAUCACUAAAGGACUUUGCUAUUUUAAUUCGACAAUUGUUGCUGAGAGUGAUGAAAAGAAGGAUCUGUAUUUUACUAAAGCACUGCAAGAUUUUGCUGCAGUUGCCAGACACUACAAACUGUACAAACAAUUGUAUUAUUAUGAUAAUCAACAAUCACUCUUGCAAGAUAUCGAUGGCUUGUAUGUAUUUGUUACAACUAUGAAGUCGUACUUCCUUGAGGGAAGAUGUCUUCAACAAUUGAGGGGAUAUCAAGUGGACGGAAUUUCAUCUCUGGAGAAGGCAGUCAUUGCAUUUAGUGAGGCAAUUCAAAUGGCCGAGUAUUUGAAGAGUAAUUCAUCAGGGGUGGCCAGUGAGAAGGUUUGUCUCUCUGCUCUCGAACAAUUGCCACAAUAUUAUCUCAAUAGAGCCCUCUCUCAUAAUGAUAUCAAUUCUUACAGACCAGCAGAGGCCGAUUUUACGAGUUACAUCUCACUGAUUGGUAAUACUAACGAUAAAGAAAGAAAAUCUACAUUAUUCAUGAUUGCUUAUCAUAAUAGAGGAAUUUCACUUUCCUACAUGCAAAAGUACGUGGAGGCAAUUGAGGAUUUCACAAAAUCAAUUGAACAUUACCAGGAAAUUCCACAAAAUAGUCCAGACAAGAAACAACAAUUUGAUAGCUUUUUAGAAACUCACUCCAAAAGGGCUAAAGCAAUUCAUAGAUUCAUUGUGGAUCAUGUACACGACUGCAGAGAUAAUAACGACAAAGCAAUGAUGGACAAGAUUUUGAAACUCAAAACUCUUGCAUGUGAAGAUUUUGAAUUUGUAAGCAAACACAAGCCUAAUAGUGUUUAUAAUAAUCAUUUCAACACGAGCCAAAUUUUGAAUAUGGUGGCAACCAUUCUCUCCCCAAUAUUACCAAAGGAAGUUCAAUUUGAGCUUUACUCUCAAUCUAUUCCACACUUGAGAGAAUGCAUCAAACAGGGAAAUAACUACAAGACAAGUUUGGAUCUUGCUAAAGCAUUGUCAAAAACUGGAACUGGUCAAAAUGAAGAAAUUCUCGAUUUGUAUAAUAGAGCUGUGAAAUUAUUGGAUGUUGAAUCAAGCAAAAAAGUUUCUGGAGAGCAGAAGGCAAAUAUAUUCUUUGAGAGAGGAGUUUUGUACAACAAAAUGGAAAGAGUAGAACAAGCCAUUAUGGACUUUACUACUUCUAUUGAUUUACAUCAACAGUUUUUGGAAGCUUACUUUAAUAGAGCCAUUCUUUAUUAUACUAAAAGUAGAAAUACAAUUUUAGCUAUUAAGGAUUUGGAAAAAGUUAUUGAAAUCGAUCCUAAAGAUACCACUGCCUUGAUAGAACUGGCAGUUUUAUUGGCCUCUAAUGGUCAAGUUGAGGAAGGUACCAAGAGAUUGAAUCAAACCUUAGAAUGUGACCCAAACAAUGAAACAGCUCACAAAUAUUUGAAAAUUCUCCAAGAAAAUGAAUCUCCUCUUCCCUCCAAUGAUAUUUUCGAGAUUAGAGAAGAUCAUGUCGAGGAAGUGCCUUUCACUAUUCGUCAAGUUCAAAGACCCACUUCUGACAACUUUGGAUUCAAACUCUUCAAAAAGAAGACUAAGGAGGUUGAUCCUGAAGAACAACUGAAGCAGUCAGUACCUCCACCAAAAACAAGAUCUACCAAUUCAAUGUUUUUGGACAACUCUCUUCCACCAAUAACCAGUUCCAUUCUAGGAGCUGGAACUAGAGCAGAUUUUGAUCUUCCACCUCACAUUGUAAAUUUGGAUACAGAUCUUGUCUGGUUACGUCCUUCACAAAUAACUGGUGUAACCAAGCCAGCACUUUUUGUCGAUGGUUCCAAUUAUAAGGAUGUCAUUCAAGGUUCUCUUGGUAAUUGUUGGAUGCUUAGUGCAAUGGCCAUUGUUGCUUCUCAUGAUUUUGUAAUGAAAAAGGUUGUUGUUGAAUCAAAAACAAACUCUGCAAUUGGAAAAUACACAUUUUGCCUUUUCAAGGAGGGACGGAAUAAGGAAAUUACUAUUGAUGACUUGAUUCCUUGUGAUGUAACUACAAAUUCGUAUGUGUUCUCCAGAUCAGCAGAUCCCAACGAGUUGUGGGUGCCACUGUUGGAGAAGGCUUACGCAGCUCUCUAUGGAAAUUAUUUCUCCUUGAAGGGAGGUCAUUUGAAAGAUGCUCUCGUUGAUCUUACUGGUGGUAUUUCAUUUUCAUAUGAUAUUGACCCAAAAAAGAUUGAGGAAGUGUGGCAAUACCUUUCGUGCCUACCAAAGCAAAACAGCUCAAGUAGCUCCUUCAAAUUGAUGGGUGCAAGAUCCGAGACAUCAGCUUCUGACUAUACUGGUAUUAUCAAUUUCCAUGCCUAUGCUAUUUUGGAUGCUAUAGAGUUCCCUCCACAUUUAACCAAUAGUCAGAGAGUAAGAUUAAUCAAAAUGAAAAAUCCUUGGGCUAACGGAAUUGAAUGGAAGGGAGAGUGGUCAGAUUAUUGCCCUCGCUGGAGUCCAGAGCUUAGAAAAUAUGUAGGAAAUGACUUUAAUUCUCAAGAUGGUAUUUUUUACAUGUCAUUGGAAUAUUUUGUUGUCCAAUGGAAUAUGAUUGAAGGUGUGGAAAUUUUCGUAAAUGGAAAAUGGAAUGAAUUCUUAGCGACUGGAAGAUUUGAUUCAAAUAUUAGAAGCGAUAACAAUUGGAUGUUAGAUGUUUUGGAAGAAACCCAAUUCUUUAUUGAAAACCCAUAUGAAAAUAAUCGUUUGGUAAUUUCACUCACUCAGUUGGACACCAGAUAUGUUCACGAUUCAAAGGAUGAUGAUUCAUGUAUUGCAGUUCAUUUGAUUAGAGUUGAUCAGCCAUCCCCAUCUAGAUUGAUCAAGAUCAACAAGAAGGAUAUCAUAGUUCAAGGUGAUUACAAAUACGACAGAGAAAUAGUCGUUGAUUGUUGUCUUCCAUCAGGUUCCUACGUUGCCAUACCUCACGAAUAUUUUACUACCAAUUGUAAAAAUACUGAACUGGGAGCAUAUACCAUUAGAAUUUUAUCAGAAAGUAAGGUAAAGGUCACUACGAUCAAUCCUUAA